AUGGACCGCAGCCGCACUCCUCCUCCACGGUCGGGAGGGCACGGCACUGCCACCCCACAACCGCCCAUGACCUUGCCUGUGCCCGAGGAUUGGUUGCAGGACAACGACUACCUGGACACCCAUCGCAGCAUUGGCAACCUCAGUUGUCCUCGACAUGUGGUGUCAUCCUCCUGGGCACGAGAGAAAGGAAUCGCGGGCAUCCCUGUCACCAACCUGCACCCUGCCCAUUUCCUCUACCAGGGGUGGAACAGCUAUUGGCUCAGGUGGAUCGCCGCCGGAAAAGAGGCCUACUUCAUUGUUGCUCGCACCAAAGCCGAAAUGGUGCUGGCCGGCGAACUCUUAUCACAAAUAAGAGCUCAGGGUUUGGACAUUGAUGCCGCUGCCACCAACCAUGCUGUCCAGACUCAAACCUCACAGGCUAAGAACCUGGCUGUAAAAGCCUUGGGCCAGUUCCUUGUCGACCAGGAUUGGUUGAAGCAGGUCGAAGACUGGGUCGAAGCCCAGGACACUGACGACUUCCUGGCCAACAUUCGCAGAACCGCUGUCAUUUGGGGAGCCUCGUUUAAUCAUCAGGAUGCAUUGAAGCAAUGGGCAGCGCGCAAGGAGCCCACAUGCAAGUGUGACAUCAUAAAAAAGUACGCACCCAAGGCCUCCACAUUCUGUGGCCACGUGGCAGCCAGGGGCAUCGAAUUCACACAUUCCUUGAGCUCUCUUGAAAAACAGAUUGCCAGUGGCUCUGUCACUGACACCUUCUUUCCUGACAAAGCCCAGAUCCGUACCCAAUUCCUUGAUGCAUGGUCAAGCUGGUGUCGCACCAAUGCGUUGCCAGGCCCGCCGCGAGGCCUUACUGAGGUCUUCGAACAGAUCUGGGAAAAACACCUCACCCAGGUACAAGCUAGGUACCACCGGGAAGCAGUGGACAGCCUCAAAUUCAAAACACGAGGCGCCAUUUGGCACACCGAGGACCACCAUCCCUGCACGGCAAUCUGCUUUUGCCCCACUUUGUAUCAUCGCAUGCUGGAGGGCACCUUUGGCAACCCACAGGUGUUUCAGGAAGUUCCUCGCAUGUUCGAAGAACAAAUCAAGAAGGUCCAAAAGGCGGCAAAACGCGACCUUCAACGUCGAUAUCCGUGGGCGUUUCGGCGCACACCCGUCAUCCCACGAGCAUAUGCACUACCGAAGCGCAAAAAAGAUUUUGCGUCGGGACGACCCAUCGUCUCCUUUGUCGAUGCCUUCAUGCGACCAUUGUUGGAGGCCACCUCUCGGCUUCUUCACAGGAUAUGCAGCCUUGCCUUUCCUCAGGCCUUUUCCAAGGGAGAUGUCUACGAACUCUUAAAUCAGGUUCGUGCAUUCUUUCAAUCCGGCACCACUGAAAAACUGCAUUGUCGCAAUCAGGACCUUGCCGGAUUUUUCAACUCCAUUUCCCAGUCUCAGUUCCUGCAAGCCUGGCGAAUCACUCUGGAGUUUUACAGGCAGAGACAUGGUGUCCAAGUGGACACUACUUUUUCAGUCAACCUUAAAGAGCAGGCGCAGCAGCUGCGAGUUUUCCGCGGCAAGCGACGCACCCGUGCCUCACGCGAGGUCACCAUUUGGUGCGAAGACUUACCCACCAUUAUACGACACGCCCUCGCUCUUCAGCAUUUCCAGGUCUCCUCCCGAGGCUUUCGCCAGUGCUUUGGAUCCCCGAUGGGAUCACCUUUAUCCCCAGCAUUGUGCGGCAUGGUCAUCGCCGCGCAAGAGGAAAUCUGGCGGCGCACGUUCAACAUCAGCUGCUCCAACAUGAAUCGGUCUCUUCUCGGCCUACGUUACGUUGAUAACAGGCUCUGGCUCUCCGAAAGCCGAUUCGAGCAGCCUCCGGGCAUACGCCUACUGUUGAAUAACCAUUUUUAUGGUGGCUCCACAAUCCUUGAGGAGGAACCAGCAUACGAGUUCGUGGGGUUCACCCUCGAUUUCGAGGAACGCCGAAUACUUUACAGCAGGGCGUGCAAAACACACGACAUUCCCAGCAUACACUCCGCCGCUCCUCAACCCGUUCUUUUGAGCGGAGUGUUGGCCCGAGCUCAUACUAUCAAAAAGUGCUCCUACCCUCGGGCACAAGCCCUUAUGGAUCUCCGAUAUUUGUGGGAUCUCGCGGAGCAACGAGGCCUACCCAUUCAUUCCUUCGACUUCAAAGCGAAGUUUUGGAAAUUCGCCUGA